AUGGCUGUUAAUUUUGACGAGACAUUGAGGAAGAUUGGCGAGUUUGGUCCGUACCAAAGACGUGUAUAUUUCCUAUUGUGUCUACUGGUCGUUUUUAUCGGCUUGUCAGAUGUAGUCAACGCAUUCCUCCUUUUUACGCCGAAUUACAGAUGUUUUGGAUUGAACGAGAAUACCUUAGCUAACUUUACAAAUGGAACAGUUGAUAACGAGGAACCGAAGUGCACACAAAGUCUGGAAAUAAUCAAUUCGUCUGGACAUGAAGAAAAUACAGUCGAUAUCUGUACAUCUUGGAAAUAUGAUAAGUCAGUUUUCGUGGAGUCAAUAGUCACUGAGAAUGACCUCGUGUGUGAUAAUGACCUUAUCCCUACCUAUAUCCAAAUGAUAGUGUAUGUAGGAUCAUUCUGUGGAUCACUGGUUCAGGGAGUACUAGCGGACUGCAUUGGAAGACAAAAGACGAUAUGUAUCAGUCUAGUCAUGUUUUUCCUUUCUGGAAUGGCGUCAGCAUGGUCAUCAAACUAUUAUGCGUUUACAGCCUUUCGAUUUCUUCAAGGCUUUUCGUCAAGGGGAGUGUUCAUCCCUACUUUUGUCUUAGGUGUGGAAAUGGUCGGCCCAUCAAAAAGACAGUAUGCUGGAUUCCUCUUGAAUUAUUUCUACUCGGGGGGAGUCGUAUUAUUGGCAGGGAUCGGAUACGGAUUUCGGCAUUGGAAAUAUAUCCAAAUUGUUUCCUCAGCACCAGUUAUUAUAUUCCUAAUGUAUUGGUGGAUCCUACCCGAGUCCCCAAGAUGGCUGAUUAGUAGAGGUAGAAAAACAGAAUAUAAAGCAGUACUUAUGAAAAUAGCAAAAUCCAACAACAAAGAGAGUUGUGUCCCUUUGAAUGAUGAUUGCUUUGAAGAAAGUGAGAACGUUGUUUCGACGAAAACCUACCAUUUUGAAAAUCUUGUUUCAAGCCGUUCACUUCUGUGUCAUUCACUUGUCAUAUGUUUUAACGUUUUCGUGGUAUAUCACUGCUAUUUUGGAUUCGCACUUAAUACCGAAAACCUAAGUGGGAACUUUUAUAUGAACUUCUUGAUAAACGGACUCGUUGAAUUUCCUGCCAACACAAUCGCCCUAGUCUUCAGUAACAGGAUUGGUCGAAAGAAACUCUACAUAUCGGCCAUGUUUUUAGCAGGAAUCAUGUUGUUAUGCAGCGCAGGGACGACCGUAUUUCUUAUAAAAGAUUUCAGAAAUGUGACGCUCGCCAUGGCAAUGAUGGGGAAGUUAGGGGUAACUGUCGGAUACUGUGUAAUUUAUCUCUGGGCUGCAGAAAUAUUUCCCACGGUAUUUCGUAACAGUGGCAUGGGUUUAAGUUUGGCUUGUGGAAACAUCGGAUAUAUUGUUGCUCCUUUCAUCGCACAAUUGGCAACAAAUGCUACCAGUGCCAUUAGUCAGGCGGCUCCUUUGAUUGUGUUUGGAACAUUCUCUCUUGCUGCAUCCUUACUUACUUUACUGUUACCAGAAACAAAUAAAGAACAACUUCCAGAAACCGUGCAUUACAUAGAAAACGCACCAAAGCAUUUAAACACUGUUAUAAAUGCCCAGGAUAUAUCUUGA